AUGGCGUGCUCUGCAGCCUUCUCGGCGCUUGUGCUGAUGCUGGCAGCCUCCGUAGCAUUCACAGCCAACGCAAGCGCGUCGCCUCUACAUUCCAUGGAGAAAGUCGCGCCCCUUGUGGGGAGCGCCCACGGCGGCGGGCCCGACGCCCUCGGCGAUGAGCCUGCGCCGCCGUACUUCUGGGGGCCCAUGUGGCAGGACGACCUCAGGCUCCUGGCCUCAUUCGCCCUUGGCAUCGUCUGCAUGCAGAUGGUGGAGAUCUCGCGCGGAGCGGGCUCCGACGCCGACGGCGAGGCGCCCGCUUACCAGAAGUUCGAGAUGUACCCGUACGCCCUGUGA